AUGAAAUCGGUUGUGGCCAUUUUAAUAUUAGCAGCUUUUGCUGAAGCUGGUUUAAUUUUCCGGCAAAAUGUUAGAAACCAAAAACCAGCUCUUAUUGAUAAAUUGUCAAUGUUGAGAUAUCCUUCGAGCAGGAUCACAAAUGGUCAAGAAGCUGGACGUCAACAAUUUCCUCACCAGGUAGGAAUUUGGAUAGAUUUGGGAGAUGGUAGAGGAUUUUGUGGAGGUGCCUUAAUAUCAUCUCAAUAUGUGUUGACUGCUGCUCACUGUGCUCAAGAGUCAAAUAAUUUUACGGUUUACCUUGGAGCUCACAAUAUUUACGAUACUGUCGAAGAAGGAAGAGUAGAAAUUCUAUCUCAUGAAAGAGUGAUACAUGAAAAAUGGGAUUACGAAUAUUUAGAAAAUGAUAUUGCUUUACUUAAAUUAUCAAAACCCGUCAAAUUUGCAGAUAAUAUUCAAGCAGUAAAGUUGCCAAGAAAAAGCGACGAAAAUGCUUCAUUUGAUGAUGUAGACGCAACUAUUUCUGGAUGGGGAAGACUGAACUACACUGACAGUAAAUUGAGUCCUGUUUUACGGUUUGGACAAAAUAAAAUAAUGUCUAACGAAAGAUGCCAAGGAUACUUCCCUCAUAAUGUUGUAGACACCACUAUUUGUUUGAGUGGAGAAAAUGGAGUUUCCACAUGUCGUGGUGAUUCCGGUGGCCCGAUGAUCAUUAAAGACAAUGAAGGAACUGUUCGACUUGUUGGUUUAUCGUCUUUUAGCAAAUAUGCAUGUGGAUAUGGUACACCAGCAGGUUUUACAAGAGUUUCCAAAUAUUUGGACUGGAUUGCCAAACAUUCGGAUGUUGAAAUAGAACCUUAUGUUAUUGAAAUAAUAGAAAAUGAAGAAUACAGAGUCGAAUUUAAAUCUGGAGGAAGGCACAUGAGCGUCUGUGUGCUUUUGGGACCUGGAUUUCCAGUCGAUAAACCCCGUUUGUUAAUAAGACCAAUAGUUCAACAUUCCUGGAUUCAACAGAUGACUGGUGAAGUAAUAGAUGCCCCUGGAUUAUUAAAUUUUACUGUGCAUUCCGAUCUUGGACGAGUAGUUCAAGCUAUAAUAAGAGAGUUUGAACGAAAUCCUCCGUCCCCUGUUGAUUCUGGUAUAUUGAUGCCACAAACAUCGGUUGCUGGUAAAAUUUCAUAUAAAGAUAAUCUAGAUACGAGUGAAAGUGGUACUCCCAUUGAUUCAAUUAGAAUGCAGUUACAACAAUUAAAUAAUAAUGAAUUAAGAAAAUUAUUAAAUGAUGACCACUUAGAUGAAUUUUUAUCAACAAAUGAACAAAUGCAGCAACAAACUACCGAUCUAGACAACAUGAUGCAGAACGUAGAAUCCAUAGCUAAUUCAACAAUAGUAAAAGAAGCAGAGCUGGAGAAAUUAAAGAAGAACCUAAUGACCAGUCUUGAAAUGCUUUCGCAGUUAAGACAGAGUUGUGAAUCACUAAACGAUAAAUAUCAGCAAAUGGCAGAUAGAUAUGCACCACAGAAUAUUUGUGAACUUCUACAAAAAUUUGCAGCAACUUGUGAUAGAGAUUGUGAAGAAAUAGCUGAAAUGUUUUUGAAUGGCGAAUACAGUGUAGAAUUAUUUAUAUCUGAAUUUAUGAGUGCCCGGAAACUAUCUCAUAGUCGUAAAGCCAAAGAAGAACGAUUGAAAAUGAAGUCUCUAUUAGCAGUAUUGUUGUUGGUUGUUGCCACGUCGGCAACUGGAAUUGAUUGGAAAAAUGUGAAACCUAUCGAGCAACCUGCCAUCAUGAGCAAUUUGCCUGCAUGGAGGAAAACUGGAGAACGUAUUGCUGGGGGUGAAGAAGCUACACCACAUCAGUUCCCAUUCCAGGUUGCUGUUCUUGUUCACAUGGAUGAUGGAAAAAGUGCAUUCUGCGGAGGUUCUUUGGUUUCCCAAAACUAUGUAUUGACUGCUGCUCAUUGCGCCGAUAAAGCAAAAUCAUUCACUGUUGUUCUUGGAGCCCACAACGUAACUGAUGAAAACGAAGCCGGAACUUUGAGAGUAGAGACUUCCACUAAAGUUGUCCACAAGGACUGGAACAGUUUCUUAUUGAGAAACGACAUUGCCUUGGUUAAGCUGCCAUCACCAGUUCAAUUGAAUGAUCGUGUACAAUUAUCUCGAUUGCCGAAAAAAAGUCAAGCCACAACCACUUUUGAUAAUUUGAACGCAACCGCUUCAGGUUGGGGAAAGAAUGGAGACUCUGCUACCACAAUUACUUCAGUUUUGCAAUUUGUUCAUAAUAGUGUAAUGCCAAAUGAAGAAUGCAAUCAAUUUUUCUUGGGAGUAAUCCAACCUACCAAUAUCUGUUUCAGUGGUGUUGGAGGAAAAUCCACUUGCGCGGGUGACUCUGGCGGUCCAUUAACCGUCGUUGACACCGAUGGCAAAACAACACAGGUGGGUUUGACAUCAUUUGGAUUGGCUUUUGGAUGCGAAUUGGGAUUCCCUACUGGUUUUACAAGAGUAAGCAGCUAUUUGGAUUGGAUCGAAGAGAAUUCUGAUGUUAAAAUUGAAGCAUGAUGAUAUAAUUUUUAGUUAUUAAGUUUUAAGUAAAACUAUUUCACUGAACAUAGGUAAUGAUUUAUAGAUAAACCUAUAAUAAACAUUUUUACAAAAGU